AUGCUAGGUACAUCCAGUCUUCACUCUGCCCGUGUCUAUUUCCCAAGAAUCAAAGCAAAGGCCAGCUACGCCUCCAGCCUCUGGCGCUCAACGUCGAUAACCGCACUGUCGAGCUUUGGUGCGGGACGCCAGCCUUGCUACUUUGGCUCACUGAGUCCGGAAAUGUCACCCAGUCCACGUAGCGAGUACGUGUGGAUUGAUGGGGUAGAACGGCUGGAGAUGUACGAGCCUGGUGGCUUCCAUCCCGUCAUGAUUGACGACGUCCUGCACCAUCGAUAUCGCGUCGUUGACAAGCUAGGAUAUGGUGGCUAUGCCACCAUCUGGCUCGCUCAUGACAGCCGACUCCAUCGGUAUGUCGCAAUCAAAGUCGGUGUCUCGUCCCUGUCCUGCCCUUCCAGCGAGCCCAAGAUUCUGCGUCGUUUGUCCGACUCAAACCCGACCGUCUCUCCCGUUGAUCCACCCGCCAUUGCCGCGGAGGCUCUUCCUACCAUUCUAGAUGAAUUUGAGCUCCAAGGCCCCAAUGGAAUCCAUCAUUGCUACGCAACGCUUCCUGCACAGGGCAGUGUUCAAGAGGCAAAAUUCAGUAGACUGUUCCCCAUCCAAGUUGCUCGGGCCUUAUCGGCCAAAUUGCUCCUCGCCGUCGACUUUGUUCAUUCGCAAGGCUUCGUCCAUGGAGAUAUCCACCUUCGCAACAUCUUGAUCAAGCUUCCGUCCACGCUCGAUCAGCUCUCCGUUGAUCAAUUCAGGGACAAGUAUGGAGAGCCCGAGCAGGUCCCCGUCAGACGAUAUGAUGGACUCCCGCUUCCACCAAGCAUCCCGCCCCAGGCUGUACUGCCCGUAAUUCUGGGCAAGGAAGCACAAGAUUUCACUUUGGACGAUGCACGUGCCCUCGUGUUGAGCGACUUUGGCGAAGCAUUUGCUCCAGGAACAGAGCAACGCCUAGGCAAAGACUGUCACGUCCCUCUCAUCAAGAGACCUCCGGAAGCCAUGUUCGAGCCUGACACACCUUUGUCGUUCCCCUCUGACAUAUGGAGCCUCGGACAUGCCAUCUGGGACAUCCUAGGUGUAAAGUCAGUCUUCUACGAGCUGGAACCGCAGAACGAGGUUGUGGCGGAGCAGAUCGAUGUCUUGGGCCUCCAACACUUUCCUUCGAGAUGGCGGACGCUUUGGGAAAGACCACAGGCUGAAGGGGAAGGCUUGUAUGGAAAUAUUCCUCGCAAGCCCGCGCACGAUCGUCAGACACUUCCACCUCUCGAGGAGUUAUUUGAGGAUAAGGUGCAAAAGUGGAGGAGAAAGCGACAUGCUGGUGUCUUCGGCGAGGAAGAAACAAGGGCCAUUCUUGAGUUGAUGCGGGGCACGCUUGCACUCUCCCCCGAGAAACGUUGGACGACGCAACAGAUACUCGCGUCUGAAUGGAUGGUGAAGUGGGCGCUUCCAGCAAGUGAAGCUCAGCGGACGUUGGGUCCAGCCGUCUGCGAAGAAGCAGAGAGGCUCUUUGACGUGCCGCCGUCGAAACGAGCAUUUUUGGACGCAGCGUAA